CAAAUUAUCAGCUCCUCAUUCCCUCGUUGAAUUCCUGUUUCACAAUAUUAAUUGUAGACAUCUCUGACUCGUGUCUCCUCGAGCGUAUAUUCAUAUAUUCAUAUAUUCUGUACAUUCAUGUUAUAAUCGUGCUUUAAAGAUCGCCUUAUCCUCGAGCAUUUAUCGCUCAUUCAUUCAGUCAAUAAUAAUUCAUCAUUUCGUCAACCAAUAAAGGCUAACCUUAACCUUCCUUACUCGGGGUGAAAUAUUCCGACUCACUAUGACCAACACUUCUUCAGUCAGAGAAUCGAGCACCGAAGCUCAAAGUUCUCUCCCAACAACAAGGCUUCUUCUUCCUUCGUUCAAUAUAUCUGAAAACGAUUUAAUUCAAGAGCCUCAUGUUUCUCUAUUUGCUAGAGCGAAAUCCCAUCUCAGUGAAGAGAUUACUCUCGUUCACGCCGAUAUUCCAAUAAUAGCAUGUGCUCUCGUGGCCGGCAUCUGCGACAGUAGUGCUUACAGUACUUGGUCUUGUUUUGUUUCUAUGCAAACUGGUAGGCAUUAUUGAUGAAAUCUACACGGUAUUCACCAUCGCUAACGCUUUACUUUCGAUUAGGAAAUACCAUCUUUCUGGCUCUUGGUGCCUCUGCGCAAACUACCACUCGUCCAUUCGGCUGGGUCAAAUCCAUAAUUUCGAUAUUCUUUUUCCUCUGCGGCUGUCUCUUCUUCGCCCAAACUCGACAUUUCGGUGCUGGAAAAAGUCGCGGAAUAUUAGCUAUCUCCUUCCUAUUUCAAGGAAUUUGCAUAAUAAUAGCCGCUCUGUUGGUACAAACAAAUGUGGUUCCAGAACCAAUCGCCUUGCUUGAUCUCGAGGAUAAAGUCAAUUUUGUCGAAUUAAUACCACUGGCAUUCCUGGCAUUUCAGUCUGGCGGUCAAAUUGUUACAUCAAGAAUUCUUGGCUUCAAUGAAGUACCUACAACGGUUUUGACCAGUGUCUACUGUGACCUUGCCUCGGAUCCAAAGUUACUUGCGUGGGACAACAUCAAGAGGAAUAGAAGAGCAGGAGCUGUUCUUGCUAUUCUUUCCGGUGGAAUUACAGGGGGUUGGAUAAGUCAAACUUCUGCUGGUUUACCCGCUGCCCUUUGGCUCGCUGCUUCUAUAAAAUUUAUGAUCUCUUUUAGUUGGGCAGUAUGGAAACCAAAGACAGUCGCUUUGGAAUGAGUGGUUGAAUGUGAAAAUCAUUGCAAGUUGGAAUGAUUGGGAUUAAUACAGUCAUCGAGUUUGGAUUCUACUGCUCAUUAGUACAAGAUGUUCAACUGUAAAGCACGAUCUACUUCAAUUAUCUGACAUAAUCUGGGGUACCCGGUCAGGUCAUUUUAUUUAUAUCGGUGUAGGCAAGAAACCCGGCCUUCGGAGUUCUACAUUUCUUGAACAACACCUGGGAAUUAUGGAAAGUUUUAGAUGGCAAUGGAGAGGAGUUUAGAAGUUUCAAUGGUUUCAUAAGAUUAUGGUUUUAAUGAUCAAGAAAAUGUAUCUGAUAACAAACAAUGUGUCUAUACCAUUCAUGUAGUAUACAUAAAUCUAUCAGCUUGAACGCAAGAC